UGCAGGAGCAGUGUGUGAGAGAGUAUUUCUGAACUAAUUACGUCCAGGUCUGAGGCAGAAGGAGCUGACAUGUCACAGUUCUCAGUGCAAGUUACAACAAGAAGCUUUCAGCCGCAGGCUCGUAGCAGCAUUGCGGGCUGCAGCACUGAGGAAAGAAACUUCAGUGCAGGGCCCUGAGUCCUUCGCUGUUGAGACGAGCUGAGCUGGCCACUGCAUGCUGUAAGGUGUGAGACCCAUCCUGGCAGACCUGCGUUCUGGUAGCUGCUGUUCAAUAAGAGCUUGCUGACCCUCCCCGUGUGGAUUGUUAUUAAAGCUGGUUGGCUGCCGAUUCUGAGGUGACUCAAGCAGAGAAGAAUGUUCUCCUUCAAGCGAGAAGACAGCAGCACCCAGCGACUCUGCUGAGAGUAGAAGAUGCUGGUGCUGCUUGACGGGCCCCGAAUGUGGCAGCUCCUGACGGGCAGAGGCCGGUGGGCAGAAGGCUGCUACGGAGCGUGGUGGGGAUCACAGGGGGGAAGUGUGCGAGGUCCACUGAUGUGAGGCUGAGCCGAUUGUGUGGUCCUGCCUCUGAGGACAGAGCUGGAGGUGCAGGGCUGUUCACCGGGGCACGGCAGGAUGUUGCAAGCGCAGUGCAAGCUCACUGCAAACAAGUGUGCCUGCUGCCACCCAGCUGGUGAACAGGCUGAGCCUGCAGUGACUGAACAGGUAAAUAUUACCGGGGCUGUACAGGUUAAACUGAAGAGACUGACUGAGGGCCAGGCGGCUUGUAUCCGGAAGGAGGCCGACCCCUGUGACGCGGUCGGGUUCUCCAGGAAACUAAUGGUGGCUUCCCUGCCGGGAUCUUUCAGCAACAGACCAAGACGUCCCAGGAGCAUCUGUGUCCCGGGGGACAGGAUCGGAUUACAGCUAGAGCUGGAAUCAGCAGGGCUAAACGGAGCAAGAGGGAUCGAUCUCGAGUCACAGUCUGAAAGGGAGCUUUCGCCGCAGGAUGGUGAAGCAGCAGUAUCCGUACGUACUGGCAGGAAGGAGUUACAUAGACCUCUCAGUAUGAGUUUCCUUGAGACAUACAAAACCUCUUCACCAGGUGAGGUCAAGUCUGUGGCUGCUGUUGAAACUCCGCAGACCCGCACGGUCACCAGGUCUGACAGUGGCCGUUUCCUGCGAACAGGCUAUCGAUGGUCCAGUCAGCGACGGGCAUGCUCAUCUACGAAAAUUGGAGUUGCAAAAGAGACAGCAACAGAUCUCAAGACCCAAAACUCCAAGGUAUUAUUCAAAUCACUGAGGAGAAGCUUGAGUUUCCGGCUGAAGAGGGUGCCCGAGACAAAGGAGCCCGAGGGCAGCAGGGUCAGAACACAGAGUGUUGGAGACUCUUUUCCACAAAGACCACAGCCCCAUGCCCGUGAGUCACAAAAGCAAGAGGAAAGUAAAAAUUGGCCGGGGCAGCCACCACCUUUACCCAGCAGAGGGAAUUCUGCAUGUUCCCCAAAAGCAAACAAUGAGCAAAGCAGCUGGUGGAAGAUCCUGACUGCCCACUUUCGCAAAAAGCACUUUUUUGGCACCAAAGAACCACAGAAAACUGAUCAAUUACAAUCAGAGAGACGGAACAAUGGCUGGACUUCCUUAACUGAGGGACAGAAUGUGGCCCAGUGUAGGAGUAGUGAGCCUCUCGCCAUUGUUGGAGCGAGGGUCAGAGGUGAAGUGCCAUCAGUGGAAGAUUCAUUUGUGAACAGUCAGGAGUGGACGCUGAGCCGGUCUGUCCCAGAACUGAAAGUGGGAAUUGUAGGGAACCUGUCAAGUGGAAAAUCUGCUCUAGUUCACCGAUAUUUGACUGGAACCUAUGUGCAGGAGGAGUCACCUGAAGGUGGUCGGUUUAAGAAAGAGAUUGUGGUUGAUGGACAGAGCUACCUUCUGCUGAUUCGGGAUGAAGGGGGUCCUCCUGAGGUGCAGUUUGCAGCGUGGGUGGAUGCCGUCAUCUUUGUCUUCAGUCUGGAGGAUGAAAUCAGCUUUCAGACAGUUUACAAUUAUUACAUGCGACUCUCUACCUACCGGAAUACAGCUGAGAUUCCGAUGGUGCUCGUGGGUACACAAGAUGCAAUCAGUGCCACAAACCCUCGGGUCAUUGAUGAUGCCCGUGCACGAAAGCUGUCCAAUGACUUGAAGCGGUGCACAUACUACGAGACGUGUGCUACCUAUGGACUGAAUGUGGAACGAGUUUUCCAGGAUGUGGCUCAGAAGAUUGUAGCAUUACGGAAGAAGCAGCAGUUAUCGAUCGGACCUUGCAAGUCACUGCCAAACUCCCCCAGUCAUUCCUCUGUUCCCAAUGCCUCUAUCCCGUCUGUGCACAUCAACCAGGCUGCUAAUGGAGGAGUCUUCAGUGAUUACUCCUCAUCAGUCCCAUCCACGCCAAGUAUGAGCCAGAAGGAACUGCGAAUUGAGCCAAUCGCCGCCUCCAGUACUCCCACCCCCAUCCGCAAGCAGUCCAAACGUCGCUCAAACAUAUUUACAUCUCGCAAAGGCACUGACACAGACAAGGACAAGAAGAGCCUCGAUGGUAAAACAGACAAUAUUGGAAGUGGACGAGCAAUCCCCAUCAAACAGGGAAUUCUGCUGAAGCGGAGCGGAAAGUCACUCAACAAAGAGUGGAAGAAGAAGUAUGUCACACUCUGCGACAAUGGUGUGUUGACCUACCAUCCCAGUUUACAUGAUUACAUGCAGAAUGUCCACGGUAAGGAGAUCGACCUCCUGCGCACAACGGUCAAAGUCCCGGGGAAACGGCUCCCACGAGCCUCAGCUGGGAACGUUCCUGGAGCCAGCCCCAAGACCAACGGCCUCACCAAGGACAGGAGCAAUCUGCAGCUGGCAGCUAGUCAAGAUGUGGAAGAAAGCUACGAGUUCGUCAUUGUCUCGCUGACUGGGCAGACGUGGCACUUUGAGGCCUCAAGUUCUGAAGAGAGGGAAUCGUGGGUCCUGGCCAUCGAGAGUCAGAUCUUCGCCAGUCUCCAGUCUUGUGAAAGCAGCAAAAAUAAGUUUCAAAAUAACAAAAAAGGAGAAGAGCCCAAAGCAGAAGUUUGGGCACCCUGCAUGUCUCGACUGGGGAGCCAGAGUGAUGCCGUAGCCAUCCAGUCCAUCCGGAACGUGCGAGGAAACAGCUUCUGCGUUGACUGCGAUGCACCCAAUCCUGACUGGGCGAGUCUGAACCUCGGAGCCUUGAUCUGCAUUGAAUGUUCAGGUAUCCAUCGGAACCUGGGAACGCACUUGUCGCGGGUGCGCUCCCUGGACCUGGAUGACUGGCCGGUUGAGCUGAUCAUGGUGAUGACCGGCAUUGGGAACACCAUGGCUAACAGUGUGUGGGAGGACUCAACUCAGGGGCUGGUUAAACCCACCCAGGACAGCAGCAGAGAGGAAAAGGAGCGCUGGAUCAGAGCAAAGUACGAGCAGAAGCUGUUACUGGCUCCGCUGCCGCAGUCUGACAUUCCCCUGGGCCAGCAGCUGCUCCGAGCUGUGGUGGAAGAUGAUCUACGUCUGGUCGUCCUGCUCCUGGCUCAUGGUACAAAGGAAGAGGUGAAUGAAACGUACGGGGAUGGCGAUGGGCGGACAGCACUGCACCUCUCCUCCGCCAUGGCCAAUGUUGUCAUCACCCAGCUCCUGAUUUGGUACGGAGUGGAUGUGAAGAGUCGAGACGCACGAGGACUGACGCCGUUAGCCUAUGCUCGUCGGGCAGGAAGCCCAGAGUGCAUCGAGAUUCUCACACAGCACGGCUGUCCCAGCGAUAACUUUAUCCCAAUCCCAACUCCGAAUCUGUCACGCAGGAACACCAACGUGAAUAACAACUCACAGUCGGAGCUGUAUCGAAGUGCCAGCAUCAUCUAAUGUAGCAACACUGGUCCCAGCCCCGCUCUGUCGCAGCUGUCCCUCAGCCCCCCUCGUAUCCCACCACCGACUGCUGGAGCCCCUUCUGCCCCCGGCUGAUGCGGGCAGCGUCCUGUGCUCUCUGCUGGACUAGGGCUGCACCAACCUCUGAGUCAGAGCUGGACACGCAGGAGCGGCUGAGAAGGCAACAUGGAUGUCUGGAGGGGCUCAGUACUGUGGGCAGAAGGGUGGUUUUGGGGCACUGGGGUGGCACUGUCCCACCCACAACCUCCCCCCUCCCCCAGUAAAGGGUGCAAGUCACUGAGGAGCGUCGGGGCUCACUCACCGACACUGUAACAUGGGGGGUGUGGGGGAAGAGGCUGAGAGAGAGGUGGGGGCAAGGCUGGGUGACAUAGGGGAGAAUGACUCAGUCCAGAGAGAUAGGACACAGCUGGGGUUACCUUGGGCGUGAAGGGGUGAGUUCUGUUAGACCCUGCUACCCUCCCACUUGCAAAGUCCAGGGUUCUCCGUGAACCCACCCCAGCCCCAGAUGCCAUGCUGGAGUCUCCCUGGUACACUCCAUCCACUCAAAACGGGUCAGUAUGGUGGAAUCUAUUACCCCUCACCCCACUCACCAUCCUUCCCCCAUCGAUACCCCCCCCACCCUGAACUCCUACUAUCCUCUCCUUCCUGCUGCCUGUGUGGGGUUGGGACUCCUCCAUCAGUGACCUGAUGACCACUCUGUGGUUGGUGAGAAGAACCACACCAAGCAGGUCAGUCUAUGUUCUACCAGGGCAGGGUGAUGUUAGAGACAGUGGCUCAGAGACACUCAGGACAUCCUGCUCCUGUCCCUGUGAAAGAGCCUCUGGCACCAGUCUGCCCUGGGCUGUUUUUGUGCAGUUUGUCAGUGACACCGGCACUGCGUGCGAACAGUGACACUCACUCUGCACACUUGCUGUAGAAUCUCAGUACUCGUCCUGCACGGGCUUGUGCCCAGUGCACACCUAUGCCCACUCUCUUUGAACACCCAUUCUACAGACAUUACGCAGCCAUUUUGAAUGCUUAUUCCACACGCACGUUGCAAACUCGCCAUGCACGCUCAGUGACGUGGUGAAGCCAGUGGAGGACACAGACUUGUUUUCCUCUGCUAUGGACUGCAGGAUGAAUCAGCUGGCUGCUGCCCCUUUCUCAGCCCAAGUUCUUCACCCACGCUGCACACCCCUUGAUCAGCUUGUGUCCUCCAACUUUCUGCACCUGAGUGUGCUUAGGGGAGUGCAACGGUUAAUGAGGAGCGAGAGUGAUUGCAUGAACAAAGUUUGAAACAUUAGAAUGAAGAAUAAUUAGUCAAAUGCUUCAAUCAGGAUCAAGAUACUUUGAAUUAAUUUACAGCCCCAGAGUAGUCCCCUCCCUUAAUCUCUGGCUGUGCCUCAAUCUUCCUUGGGGUGUGAAGGGAUAUUUCCUUGUGCCCGUGGGGUUAUCUCUCCCAGGCUCAACCGUCUCACCUUGAGAGGCAGCACCUUGCCCUGUGGGCUGUACCCUGCUCUGCCCAAGGGUGUAAACUCCUGGCAUAGACACUGCCAGUGGGACAGAGCUUGGACAGACUGCCCAGAUCCAAGCAGACACCCAGCAGCUAGAUCGGGCAUUUCUCUGGGGUCUGACAUCACUGGGUACAAAUACUGGCAGAUGCAGAGGUGCCACACCCUGGAGUGAAUGUCUGGCAGUCGGCUCUAGGUACAAAUACAAAUGAAUUAUUGGUGUGGGUACAGACACUGCCUGGCCUUGGAAAAGGCCACCCAGCCACGGGGUCAGUGUGGGUACGGACGCUGUCCAGCAAUACGAUGUGGUGGUGCCAUUACAGGGAAGGAGAUCUCCUAGGUUGAUUACCCCAGCCCUAUAAUCACACUGCUGUCCAUUCACUGGCCCAUGCGGGUCAUUGUGUAGCACCUCGUUAUGUGUUCCACCUCACCCCCCCCUCCACUCGGCCCACUACUUGUGCCCAUCCUGCCACAGUGCUGGUUCAGUCGCCAAGUCCUUUGCCAAUGCUGCCCUCUUCUAGUUAUACCUCAGCUGCUGGAUAGAUUCUGGGUGUCAGGGCUCCCAGGAAAAGAGAGUCAAUGCUGUUGAAGUCAACACAGUAACCUGGGGGUCGUCUUUCUCUACCCCCUCCCCCCUUCCCCUUCCCCUUCCCAUCAUUCCUGGACCAUGGUUAAGGGUGGGCUAAUCAUAGUGAAUUGUCUGUUAACUCUCUUCUGUCUGAAUCAGUCACCGUUAACAGUUGUGGAUGAACUUGCACCCAAAUACUGUGUGUGAGCUUCUGUUAACCCUUCAAUCCUCUGGUUUUUAUUCCAAGGCAGCGUGAUAUACUGGAAUCAUCGUACAAAACACUAAAAUCUCUUACACUUUAGAAAUUAGUUUGGUAUUACCGUAUUUAAACAUCACUCACCAUAACGGUACUUGUGUAUAAUAUGUAUAUUCGAAAUAUUUAUAUUUCCGGCUGUAAAUAUUGUUUGGAUGUGCUGUGUUCAGUUUUUGCUCUAUGCUUGGACAGUUCUGACAUAUCCAUACACAGCGUAAUAAAACAGCAGCUGUGCUCAGUUCCCGGGGUGACCCCACAGCCUCUGUGUCCCUCUCUCACACACUCAAACACUUUUGUUUGGAGAUGGAAAGGGUUUCUGUCCCAGUGAAGGAGGGUUAGGCAGUGGAGCUGUUCACAGAAGGAGAGGUCAGCAGGGAGUGGAGCUUAUAGACUGAGAUCUGAUGAAAUUCCAGCCCAUUGCAAAUGAGUCGGUAAACUCUGGGGAGGAAGUGAGUGGGGCUGCCUCAUGUGCAGCAGUGAGGACUGAGGUCUGAUUAAGUGAGGCUGUACUCGGAGGACAGUGUUGAACAAGCAAUCCUAGUGGGCAGUGGCUGGUGCUCGGUGCAUGGGAGGUUAAAGGCAGGGGUCCAGUCAACUGAUACAAUACCUAUACUUUGUAUACAUCACUGCAUUUCCCAUGCAUUCAAGUGGUGGAACUCAGUCACACGGGUUCUCAAUGGGGGAAUAAAGAGCUAAACAGGAGCCUGGAUUGUG